GUUUUUAUAUCUCCGCGAAAAUUUGUUUCCAUAUAAUUCGAAGAUUGCUUAAUCAAAAUGAAUCUUGCAUGUUAUGUAGACUAAUGAACAAAGGGACACAGUGGAAACCACUGAAAGAAAACAAUCGGUCAACAGAAAAGAACAAACCACAUCCAAUAUGGACUCAAACAUAAAGUAUGAGGUAACCAGCCCUAACCAACACAAUAUAUAUCAAAUGAAACCGUACUGUGUAUGAGUAAACACAUUUUCAACUUUUUUUUUCAUUUAAGAUGAAGAAACGGAAAAGCAAUCGUAUCAAGAAAUACAUGGUUCUGUUUUGUAUCGUCCUUGUCUCGGUCGUUGUAUCAACAGUCCUGGCUGGUUACAUCGGAUCUAAGAGUGUCGAGAAGGAUAUUCCUGAUGAGACCAGUCAGGAGCUUCAGAAAAUGCCAGAAAGGGAAUUUCUGGAAAUGUUGUAUUCAAAUCUUACAGAAAUUAAAAGCGCUUUACAGCUUGACUUAAAAAAUGAAUCAAAAAUGGUCAGCGAAUUGGUUCUCCAGCGUUUUCUGAACGAAACAGAUUUUAUAUCUUGGAAAAAGUACCUCAAUAAGAAAAUUCACACCAUUAUUUUUUCGUUAGUCUGCGUACACAACUGCACAAAUCAUGAUGAUGGGGACUAUCAAUCCUGCAAUACUUGUAAUGGAUACGUUUCAUGCGGCGGUCAUGUUUUAUUGAACAGGGACUGUCCAUCAACUCUUGUGUGGGACAACUCCUCUACCUGUGACCCAAAGCAUCUACCGAGUUAA